UCAAAAUAACAACUCAUCAUCCACCAUAACUCCUUAUCGUACGCCCCACUAAAAGUUCUUUUAACUAACGUACGCACACGCCUAUAUUUUCCAAAGUACGAAAUAGAAAGAGAAGGUGAGAAAGUUCUUACUACUUUCAAGUACAAAUCUUUGCCCCCUCAGACAAAUCUUUGGGUUUAUCUUUCUCUCUACAAGAAGAAACAACAAAACACAAAGGUACGUAUAUGAUAAAGAACAAAUGAUGUCCCAUGUCUCGUGUGUCUGAUUCAUGCAACAUGUUGGUUUAAACUUGGUUAAAGAUGCAAUCUAGAGUUUUAAGAUAAGAAGGAAAAAAAAGUAAAUCAAUGGCGAAUCCUUGGUGGGUAGGGAACGUUGCGAUAGGAGGAGUGGAGAGUCCUGUGACGUCAUCAGCUCCGUCUUUGCAUCACAGAAGCAGCAAUAACCCGAAUAUGACUCGGUCGGAUCCAAGAUUGGACCAUGACUUCACCAACAACAGUGGAAGCCCUAACACUCAUACUCAGAACAGCCAAGAGGAGCAGGACGAGUUACCCGCCGUCGAACAUGGAUCUGGAUCCGGGUCUACGGGUCGACGUCCGCGGGGUAGACCUCCUGGUUCCAAGAACAAGCCCAAGAACCCAGUGGUUAUCACCAAAGAAAGCCCCAACUCGCUGCAAAGCCAUGUCCUCGAGAUCGCCACUGGUGCUGACGUGGCGGAAAGCUUAAACGCGUUUGCUCGUAGACGAGGGAGAGGCGUUUCUGUUCUGAGCGGUAGCGGUUUGGUCACUAAUGUCACUCUGCGUCAGCCUGCUGCAUCUGGAGGAGUUGUGUCUCUUCGUGGUCAGUUUGAGAUCUUGUCUAUGUGCGGUGCUUUUCUUCCCACUUCUGGUUCUCCGGCUGCAGCUGCUGGUUUAACCAUUUACUUAGCUGGAGCUCAGGGUCAAGUCUUGGGAGGUGGAGUCGCUGGACCGCUUAUUGCAUCUGGACCGGUUAUUGUAAUCGCUGCUACGUUUUGCAAUGCUAGUUUCGAAAGGUUACCUAUUGAAGAUGAGCAACAACAACCACAAGUAGAAGAAGCGAAGGAGAAAGAGAAUGAUGAUAACAAGAGUGGGAAUGAUGGAACUGAAGGGUCGAUGCAGCCGAUGUAUAAUAUGACUCCUAACUUUAUGCCAAAUGGUCACCAAAUGGCUCAACACGACGUGUUUUGGGGUGCUCCUCCGCCUCGUGUUCCUCCUUCAUACUGAUAAUUAGAUAGGUGAUGGUGGCAUCGUUCUUUUGGCUGGGGUGGUUAUGGUUUCCAUCUGUUGGAAUUGUUAGGAAGAAUAGACUUUUGUUUAUUAAGCUCUCAAAAGUUUUCAAUUUUGUGCCGGUAAUGAGAUGACAAUUAGCUAGUUGUUUGUUUUGUGGUGGUGACUACUGGUCUUUCUGACUGAUUAUUUUCAUCGCGGAUAGCUUUAUGAAGUUAGCUGAUUGUAGAAUUGCCUUUGAGCUUUGAUGUUUAAAAACCUGAGCUUUUGUCUUUUAAGAGAAAUGGUGUGUGGCUUCUACAUUGAAAGCAUUUGAUUAUCAUUCCUUUCUUAAUGUUGAUAAGUGUGAUUCUUAUUGAUCUUUAGAGUU